UACUGUUCAGCUUGCAGUCUAUAAAAAGAGAAGGCAGUGUCUCAUUUUGGCAGAUAUAACCUUGUGCAACAGCCAGAAAGGCUUUCUCAGAUAGCUAUUAAAACUCCAGUAGCUGCUCAGAACUUGGGUCAGUGAACUGCGUGUACUACAGAGAUGGCUCAUCCAUCUCAGUAUGAGCGUUCAGGCAGGUGUCAAUGUGGACAUGAUGCACCAAACAGCAUUCUGUAUAGGAUCCUUAACAAGGAGCACCAAACUGAGACGAAGUGUCAUCACAGUAACCAUCACCACUACCAGCACCCAGCACCAAACAGUAGCUGCUCCUGUGAGCAGGGGAGGAAAGUUGUCCUGAAAAACCCAGACUUCACCUGCCGCCUUGCCUCUGAAGUACUUUUAAAGACAGUGAACUUUAUAAAGAAUCUACCAUCAUUUUAUCAGCUGCCUCAAGAGGAUCAGCUACUCCUGAUUCAAAAUUGCUGGGCACCCUUGUUUGUUUUGGGUUUAGCCCAGGAGCAUGUAGAAUUUGAGGUUAAAGGCAUAGUAGCACCCAGCCUUUUAAUGAGGAUUCUCCUUAAUGAAUCUGUGAAAGAGGGUACUACAUCAGGGACUCACACAAAUGGAGCUUCCUUUACAGAAGUCCAGAAGAUAAAGAUGGUGUUGGAGAAAUUAUGGAGUCUAGACAGCUGUGCAAAGGAAUAUGCCUAUCUCAAAGGAAUUAUUCUGUUUAACCCUGAUGUCUGUGGCUUACGGUUUCCUCACUACAUCAAGGCCCUGCAGCAGGAGGCACAGCUGACACUUAAUGAAUUUGUCCUAAUGAUGUACAGCCGAAAUCAGCCUAGGUUCGUCUGGCUCCUGACAGCGCUCGCAACACUCCGCGAUAUCAAAGCCUCCACAGUCACAGAACUUUUCUUUAGGCCUGUCCUAGGUGAUGUCAACGUGAAAGACUUGCUGUUAGAAACUAUAUACAAUAACUCAGACAAAAGAUAGUUGUGGUACAUAACUGAUUUGCACUUAAUAUAUUUUGGUACUGCUAACUAAAUAUGUUGUUUGUAUGCAUUUAUAUGUUUAGUAAAAUGGUAUUAAGUUUGUAGCUUUAAUGAAGAUUCAUGUACAGUCAGUAUUGUAUGCUUAUUUAUGGUUUUGUACAAAAUAAAAGCUUUGUAAAGUCA